ACAGUAUACACGAGGUCCAAAAUGGGUGGGAGUAAAAUCCUUUUCCGGUCAGGGGUUCAAGCUAUUCAGCCUCAUGGUUCACCGUUGUUGGUGAUCGGUCAGCUCAAACAUCUGCGCGCUGCAGACUUUAACCUGGUCAAACCAAAGUUCGGAGGGAAGGUCACCAAAGAUGUUUGGAGUGAGGGCAUAUCCCGUCUGAAGGGAACUGUAGCGGAUUCUGUUUCUCUUUAUCUGAAUUCUGUUCUAGUAGCCUCACUUCCAGACAAGGUUUCUCGUCAUAAUACUCCCUCUCGUUCUCAUUCUAUUUCAAAGAUCCUCAAAAGUUUUUCUGGAUGCAGAAAUGUACUGAUAUUGUGUGAGAGAAAGGACGUGUAUCCUAGCGGCUGUGCAGUUGGUAGAUGUCUUCCCACCUUCUCCAUGAAGACGGAGGGGAGCUUCACGGAGGAGAACGUGACCGUUGAGUUCCUGGUGGAGGAGGGAGAUGGUAUGGUUGCUUUGGAGAUGGGAGAAGAAGAUUUGAACCUUCUCCAAGAUAGUUGCUGUGGAAUACAGCUUACUGCUAGGCUGCUGGACACGCCCUGUAAUCUGAUGAACACGAUGAACUUCCUGGACGAGAUUCUCAAGGUUAAGGAGGACCUUUCCAGCUUCGGUGUCACGUGCACGGUCAUCAAGGGGGAGGAACUGAGAACUCGUGGGUUUGGAGGUAUAUAUGGAGUAGGACGGGCCGCAGAACAUCCUCCUGUUCUGGCAAUACUCAGCUUUAACCCUAAGAAGCCACAGAGAACUGUAGCUUGGGUCGGAAAGGGAAUCGUUUACGAUACCGGUGGUCUUUCCAUCAAGUCUAAAACGGCGAUGCCUGGAAUGAAGCACGACUGUGGCGGUGCAGCGGCAGUUUUGGGAGCUUUUAGUGUGGCGGUCAAAUCUGGUUUCAAGGAUACUCUGCAUGGGAUCUUCUGUCUAGCAGAGAACAGUGUUGGUCCUUUAGCGACCAGACCUGAUGAUAUACAUACUCUGUACAGCGGAAAAACUGUUGAAAUUAACAACACUGAUGCUGAGGGAAGACUAGUUUUAGCUGAUGGUGUGGUGUACGCAUCCAGGGACCUAAAGGCUGAUAUUAUUGUUGAUAUUGCUACGCUUACCGGGGCACAGGGAAUUGCUACGGGAAGGUAUCACGCUAGUCAUCUGACCAACUCAGAAGAGUGGGAGAUUAAGACUGCUCUUGCUGGGAGAAAUUCAGGAGACCUUUCCUUCCCUGCCGUUUACUGCCCAGAGUUACAAUUCCCAGAAUUCAAGUCCAAGGUAGCCGACAUGAAGAACUCUGUGAAGAACCGUGAUAACGCGCAGCCUAGUUGUGCCGGGCUUUUCAUUAACGCGCACCUGGGCUUUGAUUUCCCGGGCACUUGGCUUCAUAUCGAUAUGGCAAACCCGAGCGCUGAAGAUGAGCGUGGAACUGGGUAUGGGGUUACAUUGCUCAAUUGUUUAUUUGGAGACAGCAGUGAGUCCAAGAUUCUCCAACACCUUGCUCCAACUACAGACUCUAAUAAGAUGUGCUAGUCAAGUUUUCAAGCCAAAGAAUAAAAGACUUCAA